AUGCUUUUGAACAAGAUGGUCACUUCUCGUGCUUUACAACAUGCUACCAAAUUGGCAGCCACAAGAACUUUCUGGUCCCGUGCUAUCUCUUUGUCUCAAAGAUCUAUGGUUCGUAAUGCCUCCACUGCAUCUGGUAGCAAGCUAGGUCCAACCGAAGUCUCUUCAAUCCUAGAAUCUAGAAUCAAGGGUCUAGCUGACAAGGCAUCUCUUGAUGAAACCGGUAGAGUCCUAGCUGUCGGUGAUGGUAUUGCCCGUGUCUACGGUUUAAACAAUAUUCAGGCUGAAGAACUGGUCGAAUUCUCCUCCGGUGUUAAAGGUAUGGCCUUGAACUUGGAACCUGGACAAGUCGGUAUCGUCUUGUUUGGUUCUGACAGAUUGGUCAAGGAAGGUGAACUCGUUAAGAGAACUGGUAAGAUCGUUGACGUUCCAGUCGGUCCAGCUUUGCUGGGCCGUGUCGUCGACGCCUUAGGUAACCCAAUUGAUGGCAAAGGUCCAAUCAACACCACCGAGUUUGCUAGAGCCCAAGUUAAAGCUCCAGGUAUCCUGCCAAGAAGAUCUGUCCAUGAACCAAUGCAAACUGGGUUGAAGGCCGUUGAUGCCUUAGUCCCAAUCGGUAGAGGGCAAAGAGAAUUGAUCAUUGGUGAUAGACAAACCGGUAAAACUGCAGUUGCCCUAGAUACCAUCUUAAACCAAAAGAAAUGGAACGAUGGUGCAGACGAAUCCAAGAAACUAUACUGUGUCUAUGUCGCUAUCGGCCAAAAGAGAUCUACUGUUGCUCAAUUAGUGCAAACUUUAGAACAACAUGAUGCCUUAAAAUAUUCUAUUAUUGUCGCUGCCACUGCCUCUGAAGCUGCCCCAUUACAAUAUUUAGCUCCAUUCACUGCCGCUUCCAUAGGUGAAUGGUUUAGAGACAACGGGAAACAUGCUUUGAUUGUCUACGACGACUUAUCUAAGCAAGCCGUUGCUUACCGUCAACUAUCCUUAUUAUUAAGACGUCCACCAGGUCGUGAAGCCUACCCAGGUGAUGUCUUCUAUUUACACUCAAGAUUGUUGGAAAGAGCUGCCAAGAUGUCUGACAAGUGUGGUGGUGGUUCUUUAACUGCUUUACCAAUCAUUGAAACUCAAGGUGGUGAUGUCUCUGCUUAUAUUCCAACUAACGUCAUUUCCAUUACUGACGGUCAAAUCUUCUUGGAAACUGAAUUAUUCUACAAAGGUAUCAGACCAGCCAUUAACGUCGGUCUUUCUGUCUCUCGUGUCGGUUCUGCUGCCCAAGUCAAGGCUUUGAAACAAGUCGCUGGUUCUUUAAAACUUUUCUUAGCACAAUACAGAGAAGUCGCCGCUUUCGCCCAGUUUGGUUCCGAUUUAGAUGCAUCUACUAAACAAACCUUAGUUAGAGGUGAAAGAUUGACACAAUUAUUAAAACAAAACCAAUACCAACCAUUAUCAGCUGAAGAACAAGUUCCAUUGAUCUACGCUGGUGUUAACGGUUACUUAGAUAGCAUCGACAUCAACCGUAUUGCCGAAUUUGAAUCCUCUUUCUUAUCAUACUUGAAGUCUAACCACGAAGAAAUCUUGACUGGUAUCAGAGAAAAGGGUGAGUUGACUAAGGGACUAAUGGACAAGUUGAAAUCUGCUACUGAAUCUUUUGUUGCCACCUUCUAA